AUGAUAGCUCAACCACCACCAACUCCAGGUCUAGCUUCUUGGGCAUUUAAUUCAGUGUUCAAUAGAGAAACCCCUUCUUCUAAAUAUGCAAACAUGAAGAAUAAAAGAGAUGAAAUAAAUCAAUAUCAAAAUGAUUAUAGAAUAGGACAAACUACAUCAAGACCAAUUGCUGGUAGAUCCAAUGAUGAUACAAUACUAAGUAUGUCAAGCAGAAAAAAUGUUGCAUGGGGUGGUGAAGAUUUCAAAGUUAGAAGUAGAUCUUCAAGUUUUAGUGAAAGACCUAUUCCAAAAAGAUUUGUUGAUGAUAAUGGUUCAAUACAUAAUAGAAGAGAUACUGAUUUUUUCAAAGAGAAUGAGCUACUACCUGAUGAUUAUUCUGAAUAUAAUACUUUCACCAAGAAAAAGAAAUUUGAUAUAUCACCACCGAAAAGAAAUUCAAGAUUCAAUUCUGCCUUACCAAAACUCAAUGAACCUUUAAAACCAAUACCCAAUGUCAAUGAUUAUCUCACAGAAAAGAAAACUUCAUUACCAGAAACUUACCCAGGUAAAUUUCCAAGCCCAUAUGUGACUAAAAACUCAUCAUUUGAUUCAAAUGAUAUAUUGAGCUCCUCAGCUAAUAGAAAUUUUGAAAAAGCUAGAUCAAAUACAAUAUUAAAUCGAUUCGAAAAUAACCAAUCUAUUCCUUCAUUUAGAAUCCCCUCACAACAACAACAACAGCAGCAACCUCCAAUAACCCGAAACUCUAGACCAAGAAGUUCAUAUAGGGAAAGACUGUCUGCCAUGGCAGCACCAAGAUACAAAGAAACCUUAAGGUAUGAUGAACAAAUGCUUUUAGAUUCAAUGGAUGAAAAUAUUGCAGAACUUGAUGAUAUUACCAAACAUGUUAGUCAUUUGAAACUGCAGAAAAAUAAUGAAGAAGAUUUCCAGGGAAAAUAUUUGGAGAUUAGACAAGAGUUGAUUCAAGAAUUGAAAAAAUCAAAGAAGUUAUAUGAUUCAUAUUAUCAGUUUGUUGAUAAAUACAAAGAACUGAAGAGAAAAUAUAAAGAAACAGCAAAUGAUGAUUCAAGAAUACAAAUACUACAGAAGGAAAUCUUUUAUUUAAAAACGAAUAAUGAACUGUUGACGAAAAAGCUUAAAGAUAGAGACAAUAAAUUUCUGGAUAAUGACACUACAAUUAAUGAUCUAAAAAGGACAUUAACAAAUUCAUCAAAUUUUGAAGCGACGCUGAGAAGAAAGAUCAAUUAUCUUGAGGAUAAAAUUGAGAAACAAGAACUGGAACAUAAAAGUGAGAAGUUUGAAUUAAACCAGAAGAACUUCAUGCUUGAGACAAAGCUCAAAGAUGACGAAGAGCUAUACCAAUCUAAGUUGAGAAAAGCUUAUGAAAGAAUUAGAGAUCUUGAAGGUCAAUUAGAGAAAAAAGCCAAAUCACAAGAACCACGUAAUAUCAGUAUAAUACCAGAAUACACUACAAAGGAUAAUUAUAAGCAAAAUAGAUAUGCACAACAAGCUCCAUACUCAGAUGAAAAUGAUGACACAUAUCAGCUGUUACAUAAAAAGUAUGGGGAUAAAAAGAUAGAAUCAUCUAGAUAUUCACCAGAGAAGAGGUAUAGUACUGGUAAUAUGUUCGCAGAUAGACCAUCAUAUAAACAGUACAAUGACAUUGAUCAAGAUUUAUUCAAGAAUUUUGAUAAAAAUGAUGAAUCAACUAAUAAUGAAGAUUAUUUUGCAAAACAUAGAUCAAAUGGACAAUUAAGAUCUAAUUCUCUGAGAAGCAGCUCUAAUAGACAUUUCCCAUCAUCCAAACGAUACAGCAACCCAAACCUGUCGAGUUUGGAACUCAACACCAGUGAAAUAGGCUGA